AGCAACUCAAACUGCAAAUCAGUCUUUGUAUUUGCUCCGAGGUGUUGUUCCAUCCUCAGGGCACAAGAGGACCCCCCUGGAUUGAAAUUCACAUCAUCCAACUGCACAGUAAAUGCAUGGCGCAGACGACCUCGCUCAACGUGCCCACGAGCGCUCCAGACAUCCUUAGGAAAGCCACUGGUCCAUCGAGCAGAAGCAGUUACCAUGAGGUGCUGCAAUUGCGACUCGUUCGUCUCAGUCACGUAUCGCAGCUCGCGUGGUUGAAGCCAAGAGCCAGAAUCGCGCACACGCCCAGCCAACCCGAGACUCUGGCGACAAGCACACAUCAUCAUCCUGUUGCAAGACGUCGUUCUUCAAGACGGCGCACUGUUGCUCAAGGGCAGAUCGCCGCCAGCCUCGUUUCACUCAAUGCUCGUGUCGCGUCAAGCUCCAAUGGCGGCGCAGUGACGCUGCAAGUCAGCCCGUGUCCUCCUGCUGCUGCUUCAGAGCAUGGUCACGUUGGAGUCGACUCGAGGGUUUGGAUCGGCCUUGUACUGGUGCAUCCGCUGCUGAUCCAAUCACUGUGGCUUGCUUUCACCGCUGAACAAAACACGAGCUCAAGCACCUCCCGGCGAGUACUCAACAUGCGAGGUAUCUCGACCAUUGCCAAGGCCUAUGCAAUGUACUUGCAUGCGUCCCCAGCGGAUUUUGCUGGCCAAACCGAUCGGCACCGAGCAGUUACGCUUAUUCUCAUGUCGCCGCCAAUCUGUCCUCGCCAGCUUCAAGCUGACUUUGUGUGGUCGGCGAUGGUCGGAGCUCUGGUUGCUCGACGAGCUGCAGCGUUGGGCGUCACAGCGUGGCUGUCGACCUUGGGAGGAGCGCACUCUGCACUGGGCGAUCACAAGCACGAGCACGCCCUCGAAGCAGGCCGCCUGGCGCUCCAGCAGUUACGCGUGGCCAUCCAACUCGGCGAUCCUGGUUUGGUCGUUCGCUGCCGGCUCUUUUUCGCCUAUUGCCUGAUUCAACUGGGCCAAUUUAAGCUUGCGUAUCAAUUGAUCCGUUUCUUGCGGAUGGUCGGCAAGCGAACGCGCGAUGCAAAGUUUCUCAUCAUGUGCCGAGCCGCGUUGCUCAAGCUCCAACUCGCCAUCCAGCGCUCUUCGAUUCCCAAUCUCGCGAUCGAGUGAGUUUCUGCCAUUCCUGCCACUGCUAUUUUCCCACCCUGUACUCCACCCUGUCUCUCUCUGUCCGUUUGUUGUUCCCAUUGCCUUUGUACUGUACAUGUACAUUAACGUUUCAUUCCCAAUGUCGAUUUUCCAUCAUUUUGCUCCAUUUCGCCCGCUCCCACUUCUUUGCUCAUUGUUUUUUUUUUUCUUCUUCUUCCCUCUUUCAUUUCAUUUCAU